AUUGUGUUGUUGAAUAAAAGUUUAGGCUUGUAGUUUCUGUGUUGAUUUCUGAGUUCCAUUUGAAUAUUCGGAAUGAUACCAACAAUACACGCAUAAAAUCACUAAUUUUCCGAUGUGUGUGAUAUUUUCGUUCGAUAGUCGAUUAUGUGGCAGUCGAGGAUGGUAUUGGUGAUCUUGGAAAUUUCAUGUAAAAUUGUAGUUCGGUGUGGGACGUAGCAUUUAGCAAAAUAACAUCGAUUGUACGUGCAAAAUGAUGUGGCGCUGGUGGAAGUUGCUGCUUUUCAUAAUGUGUAUACGGAUGGAAGUCAGCGAAGCAUUUUAUGUGCCUGGAGUGGCACCUGUAGAGUUUAAACGUGGAGCUCGGAUUGAUGUCAAAGCUGUAAAAAUGACAAGUACCCAUACACAGCUUCCUUAUGAAUACUACUCACUACCACUCUGCCUACCAAAAAAUGGAACUUUUAAUUACAAAUCUGAAAAUUUAGGUGAGGUUCUUCGAGGAGACAGAAUUGUCAAUACUCCAUAUGAAGUUCAAAUGGCAGAAAGUGUUAAUUGUCGUUUGCUUUGUCAUGAGCCCAAUAAACCAAUGAACUGGAAUGAAGAAAGUUCACAGAAGGUUACCAGCCGCAUCAGACAUGAAUAUUUUGUUCACUUACUUGUGGAUAACCUUCCAUGUGCUACAAAGGUAGUGAAUCCUGAAACAUCUGAGAUUCAGUAUGAACAUGGUUAUCGGUUGGGUGGUGUAGUUGGCAAUUCUGUGUAUAUCAACAAUCAUCUCAAACUUGUCUUGUUAUACCACACACGAAAUGAGGAGACGUACCGCGUUGUGGGGUUUGAAGUUGAAGCCAUGAGCAUUAAUUAUGGACAACUGACAUUUUCUGAUGAUGGUACAUGUUUAUUUCCUGAUCAACCCAAGCAUCAGCUAGUCAAUGAGCAAUCUGGAACACGUCUAUACUUCACGUACUCUGUGGAAUGGAGAAAGUCAGAAGUCAGUUGGGCCAGUCGUUGGGACAUUUACCUCGGAAUGAGCGAUGUUCAGAUCCAUUGGUUCUCCAUCAUCAAUUCCCUUGUAGUGGUAUUCUUCCUGUCUGGAAUUCUGACGAUGAUCAUGGUACGGACACUGAGACGUGACAUUGCACGUUACAAUGCUGAUGAAGGACCAGAUGAAGCCAUUGAAGAAACUGGUUGGAAACUUGUGCAUGGAGAUGUCUUUCGACCACCAAGAUAUUCACGACUCUUUGCAGCUGUCAUCGGCAGCGGCAUUCAGAUCUUCUUCAUGGCACUUAUCACCAUUUUUUUUGCGAUGUUGGGAAUGCUGUCUCCAGCCUCGCGAGGUGCUCUCAUGACGGCAGCUAUUUUCCUGUAUGUGAUUAUGGGUUUAAUCGCGGGAUACUUUUCUGCCCGGCUCUAUAAAACUAUGAAGGGCCGGGAAUGGAAACGAGCAGCCUUCCUGACAGCGACGCUUUAUCCGGCUCUGGUGUUUGGAACGUGCUUCUUCCUCAACUUCUUCAUUUGGGGAAAGCAUUCAAGUGGGGCUGUGCCAUUUGGAACCAUGUUGUCUCUACUGUGCCUUUGGUUUGGCAUCUCCUUACCUCUUGUGUACUUAGGUUACUACUUUGGCUUUCGUAAGCAGCCUUUCCAGCACCCAGUAAGAACCAAUCAGAUUCCGCGCCAGGUACCUGACCAGUUGUGGUAUAUGAAACCAUUUCUCAGCACCAUGAUGGCAGGUGUGUUGCCCUUUGGAGCAGUCUUCAUCGAACUCUUCUUCAUUUUCACGGCAAUCUGGGAAAACCAGUUUUACUACAUGUUUGGGUUCCUUUUCCUUGUGUUUAUCAUUCUUGUGAUAUCGUGCUCACAAAUCUCAAUUGUCAUGGUGUAUUUCCAGUUAUGUGGAGAGGAUUACCACUGGUGGUGGCGCAGCUUCAUUGUGUCUGGUGGUUCUGCCGUCUAUGUGUUUGCAUACUCCAUUUUCUACUUUUUCACAAAACUCGAGAUCACCGAGUUCAUUCCUACGUUACUGUACUUUGGCUACACAGGUAUCAUGGUUCUCACAUUCUGGCUUCUCACUGGUAGUAUCGGCUUCUUCGCUGCCUAUGCCUUUAUUCGUAAGAUCUACGCUGCUGUCAAGAUUGACUGAACUCCUAAAAGACAUACAAAUUUACUGUCUGCUUUCUAUUUACCAGUGAAUGUUUCCAGGUUGCUCUGAAAUUUUUCAAGUGGAAGCAGGGGUAAAAAAAUGGAGUCUGUUAUAAAUGUGAAGAAAAUAAUAAAAAAGAGGGACCAUUGUGUAAUUUGUUGAUAGCUAAAACAUUGCAGUCAACCAGUGUGUCAUGGGCAGUGAAUGAGUCUUUAUUGGACACUUAAUGUAGCGUCAGAACAAUGAUUUGAACGUACAACAGUGUUGAUGUAGGAAGUGAAUGUCUUGUCAUGUGCCAGCAAAAUCAUUGUUCCGACAGUUGGUGACUCAUUCUCUCAAACAGGAUGGCAUGCGAGUAUAAUAAACAUAAUUUGUCUGUCCAAACCUGGAAGAAAUAAUAAGCAUUCUGUGCUAACAGUGAAGAGAGUGAAUUCUGCAUUUAAUUUGUGUGUGCACGCGCACGAGAGAACAGGUAUAAUAAACGUAACCAUCGUUCUGUGACCAAAAUUAUAAUUAUGUUGUUAAAGAACAGUAUUAACAUGAAUAUAAUAUGAAGCAGAAGGUACAAUUGAUUUAUGAAUGGUUUACACAUCACAAUUAGUAAUCUCAAGAGCUGCUUGAACUGUUGUGUGUCUGUUCUACACUAUCGUGAAAAUAAUUUAACGUCUCAUUGCAGUAUGCUGAUAGUUAGAUCCCAUUCAUUACUUUUGCUGGUAAAAGUUCUUUGUUUUGAGUAAAUAGUCUGUUUUAUGAAUAGUUCAUGUUCCCAAAACUUUUCACAUUUUAAAAUUUAAAAAUCCCAGACCAAAAUAAUAAGCCCAUUUAUGAAGGUUUAAAUUCUGAUGUGAAUUAAAAUUGAGGGGUUUUAAUCCAGGAAGUAGCUGCCUGGUACUGAUAAUACUUUGCACUGCAGUUCAGAGAAUCUGUUCUGAAAACAGGCAAUGAGUAUUACUGAGUUUUCAACUUCAUUCAAAUCAGAAUGUGAAUAUGAACGUCCUGCCUGCACACCUGAGCAACCUUAACUAGUCAAAUUGGUGUACAGAGUUUGUUUUAAAUUCACUGGACGACUCUUGUCAUAAGCAGGGUUCAAUUAUUCUUCUCAUAGAGAUCUUUGUAGUGAAUAUUUUCAUUUGUAAUUUUAUCAUCCUUCCUGGCCAUUACCCACAGGACAAAGUGAAAAGAAUCUGUUUAUGAGGUGGGAAAGAUCCUGAUAUUUCCAGUCAUAGGAUAGUAGGGAGAAAUAUGGGUGUUUGAAACCACUUACAGUUGAAUGUAUUCUCUCUGUUCUCAAAAUAUAAACAUCAGCAGAGAAUUCCUAGGAGUGUACUUACUCAGUCAGAAGGAGAGUGAAAGUCUUUGGGAUUUGAGGUUUUCAUGGCAGUUAGCCUGAAGAUGGCUGUCUUCUGGGUUGUUGCGCCAUAUUGCCCAUAUGAUGGAGGCAGCAAGGACCUCUGAAACGUCGGUAAACUUCUACCAGACUACAUGGCACAACACCCCAGAAGACAGCCAUCUUCAGAGCCUUUGUUAGGAGUUUUUACUAAACUUUAAAUGAUGGCUGUAUAUUGAGAUCUGCAGUUCACAUACUUGAAUAGAAUAUUAUUAAAAUGGCAGUAGAACAGUGUAUUUCCUAUACAGUGCACUGAUAUGAUGUCUGGAAAAUGAGAACUCAAGUUUUUGGUUUAUUAUUAUAAUCCAGUGUGGAGAAUUGAUUUUACUCUCUUGUAUUUUCUAGAAAUCACGUUUUGUGACAGAUUAAAAUUAAUGUCACGACAGUGGAAUGUGGGUGAAUUUUUUAUGGUUGUAGAACACACCAAUUCACGCAACUUUGUUCACUUCGAUAUGAUACCAGAUGAAAGUUAAACUUAGUUUACUUAUUGGACAGCAGAUGUAGAUUUCCUGUAUGGUAUCUUUGUGAUGAUUCUGAGACAUUUUGUGUAUUUUGAGGAAACAGAUCAUAUAGUGUGACUGGGUUGCAAUAUUUAGUAGUUGUUUAUGAAGUGUCUGAUGAAAAACAUGGAAACAUUUUACUUUCAAAAAGUAUUGUAAAUUAGACUUGAUUUUGUAAAGUUAACUUUUAAAUGGUGUGAGUCUGAAUUCCCUCACUUUUGUCUUCAAGCUCAUGAUAAACACUUGUUGAAAGUGGUAAUAAUUAACACUAAGGUAAGUGAUAUCUUUUUUUUUUAUAAUAUUAAAAUACUUGAACACUGUGACAUUGUUGGAUGAAAGCUGAAAACUCUGCUGGCUUUAAGAAUAGUGAAGGUACAGGAAAGUGUCGUCGGCAUAUGAGAUGGACAAAUGACAGGUUCAUGUAGAGUGAUGGAAAGAGGAUCUACCGGACUUUUGGGGAUGCCAAGUGGCCAUUCCAUUUAUAAAUAGAAUAAUCAUAGCCAGGUAAUUGAUUUUGUGUAAGUGAAGCCAUGUAUGAAGAUUAUGUGUAAAUGGGAGGGUCAAUUGUAUGUCACAUUGACUCACCAACUGACAUACUGAUAACUGCAGAUGUGACAAGUCUUGUUUCCUGAGAUAUUGGGCUAUUGAGACUAAUCUGUUAAAAAUAACACUGCAAUAUGAGUGCAUAGACAUACAAAUAUAUCUUCACAAGAGGGGAAAAGACUAUGAGCAGAGAGGGAGAGCUUUCAGUGGCUUCCAUCAAAAGUGCUGUAUUAUUCCAAAUGUUCUGGUUGGAUUAGUCUCAGUAGCCUCAUUACUGAAUUCUUACUGCAUCAAACCGAAAACACUUCAGUUACAGAUGAUGUAUUUAUUGAAGGAAGUUAUCUUCACUAUAGACUGAAAAUGUAAAUUUUCAAUAUGGAAAUAAAAUACUAUUUACAGCAUAA